AUGCUAUUCAAUAAUUAUUAUGCGGCCAUCGCUGUUGCUGCGAUCAUUCCUUUGACUUAUGCUCAGUCAUACACCGACUGCAAUCCAUUGAAGAAAACUUGCCCGGCCGAUGAGGGAACAACAGAAUCCCAUCUGCACUUUGACUUCACCCAGAGCUCAGGUCUAGAUCAGUGGACAAUAACCGCGGACAGCGUCACAACUGGGACAGACGGCGCAGAAUUCACUAUCAACAAGCAGGGAGAUGCGCCAACCAUCGAGACUGACUUCUACAUCUUUUUCGGCGAGGUCUCUAUCUCCAUGAAAGCCGCCUCGGGCACCGGUAUCAUAAGCAGUCUCGUCCUGGAAUCCGAUGAUCUCGAUGAAGUUGACUGGGAAACAUUCGGCAAUCUAGCCGACCAACUCCAAACCGACUACUUCGGCAAAGGCGACACCUCAUCCUACGACCGCUGGACUUGGGAAUCAAUCUUGGACGCCCAGGGCGAAUACCACACCUACACAUGGAUCUGGAGCGAGUCUGAACUCAUUUGGUCCAUUGAUAGUUCCACCGUUCGCACCCUCACGUACGCCGACGCCGUCGACGGCACCCGCUACCCCCAGAGCCCGAUGCGUGUUCGCAUCGGUAUCUGGGCCGGCGGCGACCCUGAUAAUGCCGAGGGUACAAUCGAAUGGGCUGGUGGCGAAACCGACUACUCAGAUGCUCCAUUCACCAUGUACGUCAAGUCGGUCGACAUCGUGAACUACAACCCAGCCACAUCUUACAAAUAUACGGACGAGUCAGGCUCCUAUGAAAGUAUUGAGAUCGUGGGCGGUAGCUCCAACUCUACAACCUCCAUCUCCCCCUCUACUCCAUCCUCGUCCUCAUACUCUUCUCUCCCUUUUGCCAACAGCGCGAGCUCUAGCGCCAUUCACCGGGCGUCUACCUCUGCUUUUUCUUCCGCUUUUACCUCUCCCGCAUCCGCAUCCACCUCCGCAUCUACCUCCGCCUCCGCCUCCGCCUCCGCCUCCGCCUCCGCCUCUGCCUCUGCCUCUGCUUCUGCCUCCAGCGCUAUCAGCUGGGCAACUACAUUCCAUCUCAACCUGGGUGCAUUCUAUCUUCCACUUGCGAUUUUUCUGCUUCUAGUGGCCAUUUAA